UCUUAUCAAUCACUAUGUACUCUAACAAUGGAAUAACAGCUUCAGAUGACUGUUGCUUCCAUUUUAAAGUCCAAGAAGAUGAUGAAUAUGAACUAUAUGCAAGAAAUGAAAGCUUGAAUGAUUCUCCUAGUAGAAUCUAUAAGGGCACCCGAAGCAACAGUACUAAUAAAGUUAAUAACUGUAGCAUAUCUACCAGUCAGUGUGUAAGUGGAUGUUUUCAGCUUGACCAUUCCAAUGACUUUCAUGCCAAUGAUUCAAGAAGAGCUAGCAGCAAUAGCAGUAGUUGUUCAGAACAGAACAACUGUGGAAGUUCUCAGCAGUGCCAUUGUGAAGACUUUGCCAGGUACUCUUCAGAAAGCAUUAGGAGCAACAGUAGAAGCAGCAGCAGCAGCAGCAGCAGUAGCAGCAGCAGCAGCGGCAAUCAUUUAAACCAACCAGAAACCAAGAAGGAGAAAUUACCAAAAGAGAAAAAGGAAAAUGAUUACCAAGCAAAAGGGAAAAAGCUACUUAAGAAGAAACAGCAAAAGAUUACUUCUACUUCCCAGAAGAAAAAUAAUGUGGCUUGCCGUAUAUUGUCAGCCAGAAUUCACAAAAUUAAGGAGCUGAAAAAUGAAAUCUGUUUUUUGAAGAAUAAAUUAGAAUCAUCCACUGUGGAAAACCAGCUUUUGAAGCGUCUCCAAUAUCGACAUUUAAAAGCAAUAGCGAAAUACGAAAGUGCAGAAAGUAACCUGCCUGAUCUCUUGGAAAAACACUGUAGUGAAGUGGGAACUCUAAGAGUGCUUCUCCGGAAGUCUCAAGAGCAGGAGCGCAGUGCAUCCAGGAAGCUCAGAGAAGUUCAGUUACAGCUGCUAAAGACAAAAGAUGCCUGCCAGGCACUGCAGAAACUUUGCAAAGACAAGAAUCUUGCUGAGAGACAGGAACUGCAAGACAGAUUAACAUCCCUUACUGAGAGAAUGGAAGUCAAUGAUAAGAGAAUUCAGGGUUUAGAAAAGCAGCUGCUGCUGAAUAAUACCUCCUUUAAUCAUCAAUUAGCUGCUGAGAAGAAAAAGACUGUUGAAGCUCAGAAGAUCAUCACAAAUCUUCAAAUGGAAAUAAAGUCACUUAACCAAAAAAUUAAGGAAAAAGAACGAGAAAUUGGCAUAAGAAAUAUUUAUGCAAACCGGCUGCUUAAAGGUCAACAAGACAAAUGUGACCUCGAGUCUACCCCAAAAGAUGUUAAUAUAAGCAAAGCAGUACAAACAGAUAAGAGUUUUCAAGUAGAAGCCAUGACAUCACUUCACAAGCAAGAGACAGAGAAAAGUGAGGAGAAGACAACCCAAGAUUCAAAAGAAAAACUAUGCGGUGUGUGUGAAGAGACACAACUAAAAUCAGAAGUUCAUCAAAUUGAAGAAUUGCCAAAGCAAGAAGAUUCAAAUAGAAUAUGCCAAGAACUGUUAAGGGAAGAAAUAUAUUUCGGAGGUAAACACCUAGAAGGACAAAAGAAAAGGAGAGACAUGCAGGCAUUAAAAGUUGACAUUUUGAAAGAUGAACUUGAAAAAUUAAUGGGAGCAGGAUCCCAUGACAUCCUGAAAAAUAAAAAUCUGUCAGAAACUGUAGCAGAAAAGCAAAACACUGAGGAAAGCAAGGAAGAUGCUGAAAGAACAGCAAGAGAAACCAACUGUGAUAAAUUAGCAGCACAAAGACACAAAUUUUUAAAGAAACAGUAUGUGUUUUCAGAUGUAAUUGAAAAUUUGCAUCAGGGACUCCCAUCAUCAGGUCCCACAUCCAACACAAGCACUUUUUGCUAUGGCAGACAGGCGAGUAGGCACCAGACCGAAAUGAAGGGGAGAAAUUCAGCUAUCACCUACGAAUGCUCAUUUGGUGAUACUACCAAACCAAGACAGGACAUUUCUUCAAUGCACAGUGAAGGUCACACUCAUACUGUAUCAACAGAGAAGAAAAAUGCUCUUAUGGAAGAACUCUUUGGCCCAAGCUGCAUCUUAAAAGAUGAUAGCCCAAACCGGAAUUUAAAAGAGCUGAGCAGGGAAAAAAAAACUCUGCAGAGUGAAAGGAUGUAUGAAAACUCAUAUGUCAGUGAUGCUUUGCAAUGUGGUGAUUUCAAACAAACCUCAGAAACAGUUUUCUAUGCAAAUGCUCCUUUGGAAAACAGAUAAUUGCUGUAUUUUUAGUGACUUUCAUGUUUUUGCUUUAAAAUAUACUAAGUACUUUUGUCAAUCUACUGAAAAGCACUGUAUUACCUACCAAAGCCUUUCUCUCUUAAAUAUAAUGAUCCUUCAAGGUAAUUAAAACAAAUUUUAUGUAUUCCUCAGAAGAGGCAGAAGUUUUAAUAUUCCAUUGCAGGGAAGCAUAUGUGCCAGAUAUGGUACCCGUGUAUACUUAAAAA